UCGUCUCGCAGAGUCGCAGGAAUGGAAGCUUAACCCUUUUAAAUCACACUCAUUUGUCUUCGCCGCCGGAAAGGGUUUAGUUUUGAGGGUUUCGUCCACGACGUCGCCUCGCAGGCGAAGUAACAGCAACAGCGGACGACGAGUGCAGAAGGAGGAUGUGGUUUCUCUGCGUCUUCUACCACAGGCUGUUGGACUACCGGAGGCCGGAGGUCGAGUCUCUGGCCGAACUCUUUGGAGCCUUCGGAGGGGGCGUCGGGGAGGAGUCCUCGUCGACGCGCUCGCUGGAAUGGAAGCUUCCGGAUAACCACCACUUGGACUCCCCCUUCCACUUCGUCUCCUUUCCCUCCGAGGAGAUUGCUAGAAACGUCGCUAACCGAAGUAUACUGGUCAAGGGACUCUAUGAACUAUGGGGACAAGGAAGUAGCUAUGAGGAACUGGAAAAGGCCAUUAAGGAGUUUCCAGAUGAACGUAAAUUGCCAUAUUUGCUAUCAGAAAGCUCAUUCCGGAUAACUGUUGACAGUUUUGGCAAAGUGAUAAGCUUCAAGGAACAAAAUGAACGGAUUCAAGGACUUAGUUAUAUUCCAUUCAAGGGCCGAGUUGAUCUUCGUAAACCUGAUCACAAGUUCUGGCUUAUAGAAACUGAUGAUUAUGGUUCAACCAAUGGCCUUCCUCCAGUUGUUCAGAGGACUGUCUUCUUUGGUCGGGAGGUUGGAGCUGCAGACAGAAAGCUUCUGCCCAUUUACCAAUUAAAAAGUCGCAAGUACCUAGGUCCAACGGCAAUGGAUGCUGAAAUAGCCUUUCUUAUGGCUAAUCAAGGCCUUGCACAACCAGGAAAGCUUGUCUAUGACCCAUUUGUUGGAACUGGGAGUAUAUUGGUUGCUGCUGCACAUUUUGGAUCAUUGACAAUGGGUGCAGAUAUCGAUAUAAGAGUAGUUCGUGAUGGGCGUGGACCCAACUGCAAUGUUUGGAGCAACUUUGAGCAGUAUAAUCUUCCAAUGCCAAUUUCCUUGUUGAGAGCAGACAAUAACAUGCCUCCUUGGCGCCCAGGACUGACAGAGGUGUUCGAUGCUAUCAUAUGUGACCCACCUUAUGGUGUUCGUGCUGGAGGUCGAAAAUCUGGAGGCCGGAAAUUGUUGAAAGGCCUAGUUGCUCCAUAUACUGUUCCACAGGAGAAAAGGGUUGAUCAUAUACCAUCAACUGCUCCAUACAGCUUAGCAGAAUGCGUACACGAUCUUUUUGACCUCUCUGCAAAGAUGUUAGUGAUUGGUGGUCGGCUCGUCUUUUUCUACCCAGUUGUUAGAGAUGAAAAUUCGAUCAAUGUCCAGUUUCCUGAACAUCCUUGCUUCACUCUGAUUGCAUCUUGUGAGCAGAUACUUAGCCUACGUUAUAGUCGAUAUUUGCUGACAAUGGUGAAGACAGGGGUUUAUACUGAAGAAAUCAAAGAGUCAGCCAUGAAAAUGCACUUGGAUUUCAAAGAAAACCAUCUCAAGUGGUUAGAAGAUGGUAACCUUCACUCUGCGGUGUUCAGUCCAGCAGACUCUCAAGAAGUUCCAGAUGGCAAGCCCAAGUUUGACAGAGAUUCAAAACCAAAAUAUCGAGGCAAGUACGUGUAGAACAGAUACCUUGAGAUUCCUGUUCCUUCAAUAGUUUUGACAGGUACAACGUUCAGAUUCAAGCCUCAUUUAAGAUACAGUUUGCAAAGAACAGGCAGAAAUCAAAUGCUCACGCUUUCUAAUAUCUGUAUUAUGUGUAGAGCUUAUUAUUGAUCCGAUCUCAUUACUUCGAGGAUGCUUUAGCAUUCAAAGUUAAUUCAGCUCAAGGUAUGCUGCAUUUACUCAGUUGUACUCUGUUUAUCUAGAUUUGUCGAAACUUGUAACUUUGUGAAAAAAAAAUGAUUUUGUUAGUGUAAUAUCUUGAAUUUUUUCCUUUCUAUUUCGUAGUAAAGGUGUUGAUUGUGUUAAAUUAUUGGAUUGUUUCUGUGUAAAGCCCACUGCUAUGUGACCAACCUUCUUGCUGUUUAUUCAGUCCUUAAUAACUUCAUAUUCGAUUU